CACUUCCGCCGGGCUCGGGUUUCCUUCGACUCGGCAUUUAAAUUGAGCUGCAGGACAUCAGCUGCGGCUACAUUCAGCGCCGUGCUGUGACAGACAGUAACCCUCUGCAUUAGCAAAACAGGCUACUCUUAGUUUUUAGACGAAAAACACAGAAGUACCUGAUGGUCUGAGGAGGUUUGGGGUGUUUUGCUGCAGAAGAGCGGGAGAGAUUGAACAAUAACGGAGGCUGUGCUCUGACAGCAGCUCGGUGCAUCAUUUUUGGGAUUCCUCUGCUAGCUGUUGGACGAAAUUGAAUAGCGGUUACGGGAUGUUAUGCAUGAGCGGAAUUAUUUAAGCUUUUUUGAGCUCUGUUUGUUUUCUGAAAGAGAUUGGUAAACAGAAACAAAGUUAAUGAAUGCAGUGGGGUUUUUUUUUUUUUGGCCCAGGAGCAUUAGUGGCCUGGACUUGGAGGACCGAUGGAUCUGAUGAUGAGAGUGCAUUUAAUGAAUAAGGUUUAAAUUCUGGAAAGUAUUGAACAAUUUGGAUAUCGUUUUCAGUUAAAAACAUUCAACCGUACAACAUAUAGGCCUGAAAUAAAUAGCAAGAUAACCUUCAACUGGGGUGGCUCAAUAUUAUCAAUAAUAACAGUCACCACACAUAAUUUCACCUAGACACAUUUAUUCUACUACUAGGAAAAAAACGAAAUAAAUGAUUCUUUUUUUAAUGUGAUUAUCCUUUAUUUUAUUUAUUUAUUUUUUAAAUUUUCAAUUAGGGUAAGAUCUUUGCUUCACUUUCCUUUACCAGCUCUUAAGAAGUCCUUGAUCCCUCAAGGACAUUUAACAUUUGUACAUCUGUCAGGUUAAACCUAUAACCUGUCAGCAACAAGAUAAUAAUCUGACACGAGUGACCCACAGCAUCUUUGACCAGUUCAGCAGCCAUGUUCAGCUGGCUUGGGAGCGACGACAGAAGGAAGAAGGAUCCAGAAGUCUUUCAGACCGUGGGUGAUGGACUGAAGAAGCUCUACAGAACCAAACUCCUGCCGCUGGAGGAGAGCUACAAGUUUCAUGAGUUCCACUCCCCAGCUCUAGAGGAUGCAGACUUUGACAACAAGCCCAUGGUCCUACUGGUGGGACAGUACUCCACUGGCAAGACAAGCUUCAUACGCUACCUGUUGGAGCAGGAUUUUCCCGGUAUGCGUAUCGGCCCCGAGCCCACCACAGAUUCCUUCAUCGCGGUGAUGCACGGCGACACCGAAGGAGUCAUCCCUGGCAACGCUUUGGUGGUUGACCCCAAGAAGCCGUUCAGAAAGCUGAACGCAUUUGGAAACGCAUUCCUCAACAGGUUUGUGUGUGCCCAGCUGCCUAACCCAGUGCUGGAAAGCAUCAGUGUGAUUGACACACCAGGGAUUUUGUCAGGAGAGAAACAGAGAAUCAGUCGAGGCUAUGACUUUGCGGCAGUCUUGGAGUGGUUUGCAGAGCGAGUGGACAGGAUAAUUUUACUGUUUGACGCCCACAAACUGGACAUCUCUGAUGAGUUCUCAGAGGUGAUAAAGGCCCUGAAGAACCAUGAAGACAAGAUCAGGGUUGUGCUGAACAAGGCUGACCAGAUAGAGACACAGCAGUUGAUGAGAGUGUAUGGAGCCCUAAUGUGGUCACUGGGAAAAAUAGUCAACACCCCUGAGGUGAUCCGGGUGUACAUCGGGUCAUUUUGGUCCCAUCCUCUGUUGAUCCCAGACAACAGGAAGCUGUUCGAAGCAGAAGAGCAGGACUUAUUUAAAGACAUUCAGUCUUUACCGAGAAAUGCAGCGCUUAGAAAACUCAACGAUCUGAUCAAGAGAGCAAGACUGGCUAAGGUCCAUGCCUACAUCAUCAGCGCACUGAAGAAAGACAUGCCCUCUGUGUUCGGGAAGGAGAACAAGAAGAAGGAACUGAUUGGCAGUCUGGGAGAUAUUUACAAACGCAUCGAAAGAGAGCAUCAGAUAUCACCGGGAGAUUUUCCUAAUCUGAAGAAGAUGCAGGACCUACUCCAAUCUCAGGAUCUCAACAAAUUCCAGCCUCUGAAACCCAAACUCCUGGAGGCAGUGGAUGACAUGCUGGCCCACGAUAUCGCCGGAUUAAUGGUCCUGGUCCGCCAAGAGGAAAACCAGCGCCCCAACCCAGUUGUGAAAGGUGGUGCUUUUGACGGCACUUUGGAUGGCCCGUUUGGCCACGGGUACGGUGAAGGAGCCGGCGAAGGCAUCGACGAUGCAGAGUGGGUGGUCGCACGAGACAAACCUGCCUACGACGAGAUCUUCUACACGUUGUCUCCCGUCAAUGGGAAGGUGACGGGAGCCAACGCCAAGAGGGAGAUGGUGAAGUCAAAACUGCCCAACACGGUGCUGGGAAAGAUCUGGAAGCUGGCAGACAUCGAUAAGGACGGGAUGCUUGACGAUGAGGAGUUUGCGUUGGCCAAUCACCUGAUCAAAGUGAAACUGGAGGGACACGAACUGCCAUCAGACCUGCCUGCACAUCUGGUGCCGCCUUCCAAGAGGAAAAUAACUGAGUAAAUCUAAGAUUACAUCAUUCCCUGCCCCAAAAACCUGUAAGUAGACCCAUCCCCUCCACCAAGAGAAAAGUAUCAAAGUAAAGUAGAAAUAUUCCUGUAGCAUUAUAGCAAAAAACGUUAUGUUUUAACAAAAUUAAACCACCCUUCCAACUCACAAUCUUGCUCUGCUGCAGUCAUCUCCAUAAAGGCAGACUUUCCUUAGCUUCAAGAGGCAUAAUUAAAGCAAAAAUAUUCAGUAACAUACAAAUAAUGAAAAUGGAUGCUCAGCAGCUGUUAGCAUGUCAAUUCAAAUGCUACAUUUCUGCAGUGUUGUAAUAGCUUUUAUCAUGGUAGGAAAACUGGAUCGUAACGAGUUCGCCCAUUAAGUAUUUUACUUCUAAGGGUGAGAUAUCUGGGAAUGAUAGGCAGGACAGGAGCUAAAGAUAGAGCAAAGCUAAAGAAGAUAUGAAAAAAUAUUAAAAGUCUAAAGCAAGAGACACUGGAAGACAACUAAAUGUAAGGUAAUCCAAACUACUGGAGGAAAAAGUGAGUAAUACGCAACAAUGUGAAGACGACAAUGAAAGAGUUGGAAGGAUCAUUCCCACAGAAGGAAGAUCAGCUUUUAAAAAUGCAAAUUAUUAUUGUAUUAACUUUUGUUUCAUGGUGACAUAUUAAAAAUGCUACAAGGAAUUUCUUGCAACUGCUUAACAAAUGUGUAGAAGCACACACACAAGGAAAAAUAACACAAUUCUCAUGGUUUGUAUACAGAGCAGGGAAAAUGACCUACAAACAUUUGUUUUGUUAUUUUAAAUGUGAUAUGCAGAUGUUGAUAUUUGUGUAAAUCAUUUUACUGUAGCAUCUAGAUUUGGGAUAUUGUUUCCAACGGGGACAAAGACUAAAGAUAACAAGUAGUUUGUCCCUUUUAUGAUUUUUACGUAGCUCUAAAUAUUAACAUGUUUGGAAAUACUGUGACUAUGACAUGGAACUAUAUAAUGGGUAUUGUUUCAAGUAUUCAGACAUACUCAGUAAGAUGUAAUUGUAAGGACUUUGAAUGUUGAAUGUGAAGACGUUCUGGGUUCUGUGUGGACACAUCCUGACUGUUGAAUGACCACAUGUAUCACUGUCAGCAUUUGUAACGUAUAUGUAUUAAGUAUUAUGGCUAUUGAGCUGAGAGUGGAUUGUUGAUUGAAAAAUGGAUGAAUAUGUCACAAGUAAACUAUUCUAAAGAAAGAACACACAGCUGUUUGCUUCUUUUGUGAUGAUUAAAAACACUAAUUUGGCUUUUCAUUUCAUGUCUAACUUGUAUACAUCUAAUUGGAUUAACUGUAAGCCAGUAUGUACAGUAUGUACAUAUACUAACAUUAGGAUUAUGUUUGUCGGUAAUCAUAACACUAGACCUACUAAACUUGGGUUCCCAUAUAAUAAGAAAUAAUCACUUUGUGUUUUAUGAGUGAGUCUGAGCUAAAGAUGACUGAAAUAUUUGUGCCCCUCCCUCCCUCCCCGUGCAUCUCUGUGCCGUUACUGUGAAUUUACUGUACAUAAGACUGUUUGCAUUCCAUGAACACAGAUUGAGGAACAUCAUCCUCAUCAUCUCCAGUGCUUUGUGCUUCACUUGCUCAUAUUUCACAGCUCAGAUAAAUAGAGUAAAUAUAAAAAAGGGUUCUUGUUAAAUGUGGAUUCUCUGCAUAACAAAGUCCUUGAAAUUAACAUGUUUUCAUACCCUGACAGAUUGCAACAUGAAGUCUGUGUACUGGUAAAAACUCUAUGUGGAAACACUGGCGUUAUAUAUUUUUUUCAGUUUUAAGAUGGGUAUGCAUUGCUAAAUCUGUACUUCACAGCUUUUCUGUCAACUUGAACAGUCCAAAAAUGUAAUAAAAUUCAUUUACUCAA